AUGUGCGAGCGGGCGGCGCGCCUGUGCAGGGCCGGCGCGCACAGGCUGCUCCGGGAGCCGCCGCCGCAGGGCCGGGCGCUGGGCGGGCUGCUGCGCUGGGUGGGCGCCAGGAUGGGCGAGCCCCGCGCGCCGCUGACCCCCGACGCCCCCGCCGUCGACCCCGGCCCCGGGCCCUCCUCGCUGCGCGGGGGCACCGCCGUCAUCCUGGACAUUUUCCGCCGGGCAGAUAAAAAUGAUGAUGGUAAACUGUCCUUGGAGGAAUUCCAGCUCUUCUUCGCAGAUGGUGUCCUCAAUGAGAAGGAGCUUGAGGACCUCUUCCACACCAUCGACUCAGACAACACCAACCAUGUGGAUACAAAGGAACUGUGUGAUUACUUUGUGGACCACAUGGGGGACUACGAGGAUGUCCUGGCCUCCCUGGAGACCUUGAACCACUCUGUCCUGAAAGCCAUGGGCUACACCAAGAAGGUGUACGAAGGCGGGAGCAAUGUGGACCAGUUUGUGACUCACUUCCUCCUGAAGGAGACAGCCAAUCAGAUCCAGUCGCUGCUCAGCUCUGUGGAAAGUGCCGUGGAGGCCAUUGAAGAGCAGACCAGCCAGAUCCGGAGAGACCACUGCAAACCCAGCCACGGCGCCAGUGUUGCAGAGACGCGCUACGGAGGCCCCACUCCUCCCUAUGCCCCCAACCACAAAUUCAUGGCCCCAGAGCCCGGGAAGAGCUUGCCUAUAGCUGUCUUGGAACCAAAGGAGGAGGGGCUAGAGGUUCAGAUCAGCCGCUUGGCAGAGCUGAUUGGCAGACUGGAGAGCAAGACCCUCUGGUUUGACCUGCAGCAGCGCCUCUCAGACGAAGAAGGCAGCAACAUGCACCUGCAGCUGGUCCGGCAGGAGAUGGCCGUGUGCCCUGAGCAGUUGAGUGAGUUCCUGGACUCCCUGCGACAGUACCUGCGGGCGACUGCCGGAGCGAGGAACUGUUUCCACAUUGCCGCCAUGAGGCUGGCAGAUGGCCUCACCUUCGUCAUCUAUGAGUUCUGGGAGACGGAGGAGGAGUGGAAGAGGCACCUUCAGAGCCCCGUGUGCAAGGCAUUCCGGCAUGUCAAAGUGGACACACUGAGUCAGCCAGAGGCACUUUCUCAGAUCUCAGUGCCAGCCGCCUGGUGCACAGCAGGCCGAGACUGACCCUUCCUGAGGCCCUGGGAGAGAGCCUGCCACCCCAUCCCUCUUCUUGUAAAAGCCGCCAAUCCCCCUUUUCUAGAGACUUUGGUACACACGCUGUCUUUUCAGUCCACUGCCGAACAGGGCCAUUCUUCCCGGUAGUGCAGUGCGCAGGAUGCCCCUCCCUAGCCGUCUGCACUCCAGCCAGAGCUGGCAGGGCAGUCUGCACUGCUGGGGCCCUAGUCGAUGGGAAUGACUUCCUGGGCCAGCUGCCCACCGGUGGCCUCGUCCCCCAACCUGCCUCUAGUUUCCCUCCUUGUAGCAGCUGAGGCCCAACAGGACUCACCUCACACAGGCAGCCACUUCUCUUCUUCCCUCCCAUUAAUAGUCCUCUACCAGGUAGGAGCUGCGACCCCAUAGUACCCAACCUAGGCCCGGGUUGAGCCCAGGUCCCCAGUGCCACGUUAGGCUCACAGCCACCAAAUAAAGUCUGGUUGUGAGCA